UUAGGAGCCUCUUGAUUUUUGUUUGCCGUUGUCAUGAAAAUCCCGUGAAAACGAAACAGGAAGUAGAAUCUGAACACAGCUUCUGAAGGAGAAGGAAUGGGUGACGGAUAUCGUCAUUUGAAAAAAGUUGUGGAAUGCAUAGAAAACAGACAAUAUUACGAAAAUGAUUUCAGCAAUUCUGAUGUAGAGUACGCAAAGAGAGAAUUGGCGGCCAUAUGUCAGGCCCUGACGACUGUACCUGCCUUUGUUCAGGUAGAUUUGCUCAAAUUUCUUGAUUUGGCAGAAUCAAGAAAACCACAAGAAUUAAUUAGGUUUAAGAAGCAACAUGAAAUCAUGCCCAGAUAUUUAACGGUUGUAAAAGAUUUUGAACAGUCUUUGGAAUCAAGAGCCAGACCCUCAAAUGGAAGUGUGCACGGUUCACAUAGAGGAAGUGCCAAACCCUCAGAAAUUGGACCAAAUCCGGAACAUAAAGGAUCUGCAAAAUCAAUGACUUCAAAAACUAGUAACGAAAUGGCUCGUAAGGACAUGGAAAUUAAUGAACUUAAAAACAGAUUAAGCAAGGUUGCUGGGGAGAAACUGAGAAGCAACAAUCCCUCUAUAGCGGACCUCAGUGAUAUUAACAGACCAACUAAACUAGCGGAGUACUUUAAGGAACUUUACGACAACGAGUGGACCAAUGCUUAUGACGUACUACACAAAAAAUGGCAGCUUAGAAACGAAGAAGAUAUUGUCAAGAAACUUGGUAAAAUGUUAAAGAUGGCUUAUGAGUUUUGCCUUGAAGAAGCAAGAAAACACAGAGAAAAAAUCCGAGAAACAUUAGUAUAUCCCGUUGGAAUUCAUCUAACACUAAAUGCCAGUGUAGAGCCAAAUGUUGAGGAAAAACUGCGCCCCAAAGUCCGUCAGAUACAAAGAGAAACGGGCGUCUACGCCAUCCCUGCCAUACAGGAGAUGUUUCAGCAACACCAUGAAAAAGAAAUUAAAAUGAACGACUGGGACGAAUCACGGGAAAUAAUGACUUACAUCAAAAGCUGUGUACAAAUUUGCUGGCUAUUUGCCAUUCAAGAUCCUGCUAUGCAGUUAUGGUGGCCAAAAGAACAGAGUAAAAUUGAUGAGGAUGUCAAAGAAUUUACCAAACGGGGAACUGUAAUCAGUUACGUCGUGUGGCCAACAUUAUAUUUACAUAGAAAUGGUCCUCUGAUGUCCAAAGGUGUCGUCCAACCAGUCUGAUAACCAGCUGAUCAAUUUUCAAUGAUUUGAAAAGGAAUUUAUUUUCACAUUGAGUGAUCACAAUUUAAAAGUUUGCUGAUUUUUUUGUUUCUGCUCUGAGUUAACGUUGGGAAAAAAAAUGAAGGAAACACCUAAAACUAUAUUUCUUAGAAACUAUGAUCAAGAAUACUGAUAUGCUGUAGUAAGUGAGACGGAAAAUACUAAAUAAAUACUAGUACCUGAAAUAGAUAUUGGCAUACACCCACUACAACUUAUUUUGUAGCUAAAGUUGAAAAGAUAAAUUGUAUUAAAAGCAUA